UCCUCAUCACGUUCAGUUUCCGCAGGGAAGUGUUUGCAGCAGCUGCCCUGCGUCUAUUGUGUCUCCUCCCUUCUGCAUCCGUCCUGCUGUCCGUAGAGUGUGAGGAUACAUUAACAACGUGUUAACCCUUGAGGGCUUGGCUCAGCCAGAUGCAGAGGGCUGGAACAGAGGGAGAGUCUGCAAGAGCUGCAUUGCUAGCUCAUCAAGCCGAAGAGCGAUCAUUCAGCCCCAGCCGCGAGGCAUUCCCUGGGAAAUACCCCACCUGAUGUACAUGGUUGCUUAGGAAAAGAAGCUGGAGGAGCUCAGCAGUCUAGCAGAUCCCCAGGCAAUCCUCUGACCGGAAUAGUGACCGCAGGGAGAUUUGGGGAAAGGGAGCUGCUUGCUAAGGUGUGAGCAAGAAACAGACGGGGGCUUAAGGAGCUGAAAUAAGACGCGGUGCCCAUGCAAGGCUGGUUGAAAUGUAAAUGGUCGAGGGCUGUGUGUAUGCUCUUCCAGCGGAUCCGGGAGGAAGCUACUAGUUGGUUCCUUGAAGGAAUAAUCAGCGUAUCCUUCCUGUUUCUUUAAGAGCUCAGGAGAAAAGGGGAGGUGCCAACCUAUUUUGCAGGCUAUUAGUCACUUGGUGCUUGAGGAAUACGAGGAAGGAAAUCCUCGCACAAAGCAGAGCUGUAGGGGGUGGGGACAUUUGGGGAGCUGGAUGGACAUCUUCCAGCCGGCCCAGCCCCUGCGUUCAUUCAGAGCAGCCAGAUGUGGUUGUAGAUGUGGAGAGGUUUGAACCGAACUAGAGUCUGCAAAUCCGAGAAGGGGAGUUGCUGUUUGGAUGGCUUUUCAAUAAGGAAUGGGAAGGACACUAUAUACUUGCUGAGGAGUAAAAAGAGAGCAAUAAUGAAUAUGAUCGAAUACCAAGCCAUGCCUUAGAAUGCAGUAGAGGUCGUAUCGUUUUGCCUUACGUUUUCAGUAGAGUGCAACCAAACAACCUGCCUCUUCGUUCUGUAAUAUACAAAUCAUAGCUGUUAUCCCCAGGAGACAAGGACAAGCAUCUCUGUCUAGUAGGAGUGAGUUGGACUUUAGGAGACUUGCUUUCAGUCAUUUUGAUUUUUUUUUAACUGGGGAAUUCCUUUUUCAUUUUGCUUUUUUAAAUUUUUUCCAAGGAACAUGGGACACCCUGCCUUAGAGUUCAGCGACUGCUACCUGGACAGUCCAGAUUUCCGAGAAAGGCUGAAAUGUUAUGAGCAGGAGCUGGAGAGAACCAACAAAUUCAUAAAGGAUGUGAUUAAAGAUGGGAAUGCACUUAUCAAUGCUAUAAAAAAUUACUCUUAUGCUGUGCAGAAAUUCUCUCAGACGCUACAGUCCUUUCAGUUUGACUUUAUUGGGGACACACUAACAGAUGAUGAGAUCAAUAUUGCUGAAUCUUUUAAGGAAUUUGCAGAGUUGCUCCAGGAGGUAGAACUUGAGAGAUCAAUGAUGGUUCAAAAUGCUAGUGAUUUGCUGGUCAAACCACUGGAAAAUUUUCGUAAGGAACAAAUAGGCUUCACUAAGGAACGGAAGAAAAAGUUUGAGAAGGACGGCGAGAAGUUUUAUUCCAUGCUGGAUCGCCAUUUGCAUUUAUCAUCUAAGAAGAAAGAGUCUCAGUUACAGGAGGCCGACUUACAGGUUAACAAAGAGAGACACAAUUUCUUUGAAUCGUCCCUCGAGUAUGUGUAUCAGAUCCAGGCAGUGCAGGAGAGCAAGAAGUUCAGUAUUGUGGAGCCAGUGUUGGCCUUUCUUCACAGCCUUUUUACAUACAACAACCUGACAGUUGAACUCACUCAGGACUUCCUCCCUUAUAAACAACAGCUGCAACUCAGCCUUCAGAAUACGAGGAAUCACUUUUCCAGCACGCGAGAGGAGUUGGAAGACCUGAAGAAAAGGAUGAAAGAAGCUCCGCUGACCUGCAAGCUACCCGGGCAGCCAACCAUAGAGGGCUAUCUGUAUACUCAGGAGAAAUGGGCACUAGGCAUAUCUUGGGUGAAAUAUUAUUGCCAGUAUGAGAAGGAGUCAAAGAUGCUAAGGAUGACUCCCAUGGAGCAGAAGCCUGGAGCAAAGCAAGGCACCUCAGACUUGACACUGAAGUACUGCGUAAGGAGAAAGACGGAUUCUAUAGACAAGAGAUUUUGUUUUGAUAUUGAAACAAAUGAAAGAACUGGGACUAUCACAUUGCAAGCACUUUCAGAAGCUAAUAGACGGCUAUGGAUGGAGGCCAUGGAUGGAAAGGAGCCAAUCUACCACAGUCCCAUCACAAAACAGGAAGAAAUGGAGUUGAAUGAGGUUGGCUUCAAGUUUGUAAGGAAAUGCAUCAAUGCAGUGGAGACCAAAGGGAUCACUACUGAGGGAGUGUACCGAACCGUUGGCAGCAAUAUACAGGUGCAGAAGUUGCUGAAUGCUUUCUUUGAUCCCAAAUGCCCAGGGGAUGUAGAUCUCCAGAACAGCGACUGGGACAUGAAGACAAUUACCAGUUCAUUGAAAUUCUACCUUAGGAAUCUAGCUGAACCCGUCAUGACAUACAAACUCCAUAAAGAGCUGGUCUCAGCUGCUAAGUCUGAGAAUCUGGAUUACAGGCUGGGAGCCAUUCACUCUCUGGUUUAUAAACUACCUGAGAAGAAUAGAGAGAUGUUGGAACUCCUCAUACGACACCUGGUGAACGUGUGUGGACACAGCAGAGAGAAUCUGAUGUCCCCAUCCAACAUGGGGGUUAUAUUUGGUCCCACCCUUAUGCGGGCACAGGAGGACACAGUAGCAGCAAUGAUGAAUAUCAAGUUCCAGAACAUUGUCGUUGAGAUCCUCAUCGAGCACUUCGAUAAGAUCUACUCCAGCCCACCUGAGGACAGCACUGCUCCCCCAGUACCUCCUCCCAGAGUAACUGCCCGAAGGCACAAACCCAUCACAAUAUCCAAGCGCCCCCUGAGAGAAAGGCCUGUCUUUUAUGGUGGUUUCCUGGAAGAAAAUGAAGAUGACAGCCAAGACCAGACUCCUAAUGGCACCAUCGUCUCUAAUAGCGCAGAAGCUCCCAAGCCGCUACAUCGCAGCAGACUGCCUACACAGAGAACAAGGGAGGCUGAUCCUGGGAGGUCUGGCUCAGAGAGCAAGCCUGAACAGUACUCUGAGGUGGAUGUUGGAAAGUUGGUGUCCAAGCUGCAAGAUGGGGGAACUAAGCUCACCAACAAGGCUGCAAAUGGAGUGGUGACUGGCACCACCGCUCUACAGACCUCCACUCUCCAUACUAAGAGACCUGCACCGAGGCCCAUGAAAUACAGCAAGGAGGCAUUGGUGACAGUGUUUGAAAUCUCCAACCUUUCAGGUGAGAGUGACAGCUUCACCAAAGUGCGAUCUCCUGGAGAUAAGCCAGUGAUAAUAAGGCCCCCGGUGAGACCUCCAGACCCUCCAUGCCGAGCGCCCACGUCUCAGAAGCUGGAACAAAAGCCUGAGCCAAUAGUUGGGGGAACAGAGGAAAUGUCUUCAUCUGUAGUGGCCUCCAGAACAAAGUUCUUUGAGACCGCUUCCCGGCGGACAAGCAGCUCCUCAUCACCACAAGGCAGACUCCCCACUGAUGAGAGCUGAGGCUAAAGGUUUUUAACCACCUAACCCUGGCUGGCUCCAGGAGAUUUUUCCCACUUCUGAAAUGAACUCUCCUGCUCCCCAGACUGUUUCAAUUUGUGUGAUGCAAUCCAAGAGUGCAGCUGUCCUGGAUACUGACAGCGUAGCAUACCGCUGUGAAUAGCUCAUGGGGUUACACGAGAGGGGGGUGAAAUAGGAGGAAGAUCCAGACCUUGUCCCUGUUAAAUUAAAUGUUUGUUUUGUGCCAUUUUGCCGCAGCUUCCCUAGCUCCUGCUUGGGCAGCAUGUAAAGGACACUUGUCAUUUCUACACAGGGUGAUAAACUGUGGGUCUGAGAGAGUGGUGAAAGCAGACUUAAUCUACAGAACUGGUCAGGCAAUGGAAGGAACAGCCAAGAGCACUGAAAGCAAUCUGCCCUUCAAUUCCCUUUGGGAAUUCCACUUUGGAACGACAUGGCACAUCCAUCCAAGUUCAGUCAAAAGGCAAGCGACCAAUCCCCAGAGUUUGGUAACCUGGGUGUAACAAGCAGGCACCUGAUUCAGACCCCUCUGUCCUUGGAAACUUCAGUGGCAUGUUUUUAAAAUGGGUUGAGUUCUAAGUAAACCAUACUGUGUUUCAGUGGCGAAGGCAGCAGUGUGCUUUUCCAGAAAUCUCCGUUAACUACAGGGGUCCAUGUCCUGGUUCCAGUGACAGUCAAUGUUCAGCCCAGCAUAGGUAUAGCUGUGCAAUGUUCAGUCUCCCUUCUUUCCACACAGAUGCAAGGCAGCACCUUGUCCAUUCUGAUUUGCCUUAUGUGCUCCAAGUGUCCCCAAGCCAUUCCCAGGAGUCAGGGGUCUAUUAGUCAGGUACCAUUCAGAGCUGUUCCCCAAUUACCCAUUGCGUAGAAGAAGGGGUUACAAGUUAUUACAAAACCCUUCUGUAAAGUUACUGGUUCUGGAACCAAAGUAAACCUCCACGCUGUGUAUUCCAGCUCUACCUAGAGUACAAAUACUGACUUGCCAAAGGACCACUGCAGAGCAUGCAACUUGCUGCUGCUUUCAGAACUGUCCUCGCCGCCUGUCUGCGUGCGGCUAAUGUGAAAUCCUGCAUUAUGAAUGAAUGUAAUUCUCAUCUCUUCUGGAAAUGACACAGAUGUGCGAAUGGUGUACCUGUUACCUUAGACUGCAGUCCUGUACUCACAGCUGGCAGUCCUGGGGCUGUGCUUUAAGCCGUACGAGAUAAAGGUGGCUUUUACAAAAAUUAUGUAAACAUCAGUACUACAGCAUGCACAUCAGCAUCUCCAGGCUCUCAAAGUGUGUGAUCGCUCCAGUUCCUACAUGAUACUUUUUGGCUCUGACAGUGAUUUUCUUCUAAUUGCAAAAGUGUAACAUUCUCUUUAGGCAAAGUUUGUUUAAAAACACUCAAAGAUCAUCCAGUUGCAAGUGUGCUUAAUGGAAACUGAGAGUUAGUGGUACAGUGCUUUUACCUGUACUAGAUUUACACUGAUCUUGUGGGGAACCUUAUCCAGUCUAAGGACCAAUUUUAUCUGGUACCAGUGGUGCUGCACAUUUUUAAUCCAGCUCUGAAUUUGGCCCUGACUUUUUCAGGAAGGGAGGACAAAAACACACCACUCUGUCACUAAGAAAUUAG